GACCGCUAGGGUAGAGGAUUGGAACGGGUUCUAUGUAAUUUCACAGUCUGUCUCUCUCACACUCGCUCAAAAGCGCUGCUCUCUACUGUGUAAAAGAACAAAAAUAAACAAGAAGAUACAUAGAUAGAAGCAUUUGCUGCAUUUGGAUUUAGGCUUCGGCGCUGAGAUGAGCGUGGUUAGGACUCAGCGAAGCUUCGUCGCGACCCGUACUCUCUCUCAUUCAUCUUCAAUAUCCCGAUGUCCUCACGCUUCUGCUUCUUCAGAUGAUGCUACUUGUGGGACACCUAUACGGAUUGGUAAGGGCCUCGCUUGUGUUUGUUUUAAGGGAAAGGGAAAUUAUGAACGGAUCUGCAUGAACUUGACACCUCUGCAGGAAGAAAGACUGAAAAGAUUGAGGCACCGAAUGAAGGUUUACUUUGAUGCUUCCAGACCAGAUCACCAGGAAGGUUUGAGAGCUCUAUGGUCUGCUACAUUCCCUGGUCAGGAGCUCCAUGGCCUGAUAUCCGAUCAAUGGAAAGAAAUGGGAUGGCAGGGAAGAGAUCCAUCUACUGAUUUCAGAGGAGCUGGAUUCAUUUCUUUGGAGAAUCUGUUGUUCUUUGCAAAGACUUUCUCAACAUCAUUUCAGUGUCUAUUGAAAAAGCAGGGAGGAAAGCGAGCUGCUUGGGAAUAUCCGUUUGCUGCUGCUGGUGUAAAUAUCACCUUCAUGAUCAUGCAAAUGCUUGACCUUGAUGCCUCAAAACCCAGGACUUUUGUCAGAGCAGUUUUCUUACAAAUGUUGUCAGAAAAUGAGUGGGCAUUCGACUUGCUUUAUUGUGUGGCUUUCGUGGUAAUGGACAAGCAAUGGCUGGAUAGAAAUGCUACAUACAUGGAGUUCAAUGAUGUUCUAAGAUCUACUCGGACUCAAUUAGAAAGGGAACUUCUAAUGGAUGAUGUUCUUCGGAUAGAAGACAUGCCUUCUUAUAGCCUUCUCUGUUGAUGUUUAUCAACCUGAAAGCGCAAGCUGGAGUUCUGAGACCUUUCUAUCCUCUUGAUGGUAACCUUAAAGCUGUACAAUCUCUCGUUUCGGGUAAGCUAAUACAUAGCCUCAAUAUUUGAUUCAAGGCAGCUUCCAAUUGGUUCAUUAUCACUCUCAAUUGUGAUGACUCAUCAAUUGCUGUGAGUUGAUCUUUUUGCAUGUAACUGCCAAAGAAUUUUCAAACUGAUGGGGCGAUUUUCUACUUUUAUUCUGAGUGAGAGAUUUCAUACUAAAAGCUUCAUGGAAGAAAAAGGCCACGGUUUCUCAUGAGAUAUUACUAGGGUGUGAUAAUAUCGUUUAUGAUGAAAUCGUUUAUGUGAACAGCUUCAUACUCGUGCUACUUGUAAAUAUUAAUUGGUUGCUUGAGUCUUUAAUUUUAUGUGAUGAAUUGGUGUA